UAUUUACGAGCGACGUGCAUUAUUAUGUGUUAUGCACGUGUUAAUUAGCUGUGAGCUGAGUUUUCUGUUCACUUUCUGGCUGUAAUUAUUAUCCUUUGAAAAAUCUAAAGGAAAAACUAUUCGCGCAUCUAUCGCUGAACCGAUCCUUCAUGUGGAGCUUACCAAGAAAAGAAUCGUGAUUAUUUAACAUGAAUGGCCAAGUUGUGACUUCUGUGGGUGCAGUCUUAGAAGUCAAGUCUACAGGGAUGCGAAGGGGUGCAGUCAAAGAAGUCAAAGGGAUGCGAAAAUCAGGAAGAGUAUGGAAGAAUGACAAAAAGAGGUUCUCUAGCAUGUGCCAGUCAAAGGCACUCAAGACUCCUUUUAAAAAGGUGAUGCAAAUGCGCCAAGAGCGCAAGGCCCUCCUUGCCAAAGACGCUGAAAUCAGAGAAGAGAAGAAGAGAGAAGAGGAGUCUCGUAAACAGAGGAGACGUGAAAAGAUUGAGAGAAAGCGCCAAAAUGAAUUAAAAUCUGAAAUAACUCAAGUGAUCCGAAAUUCUGCCCGAAUCAAGACAAUGUCAAAGAAGCAGUUGAGAUGGAUAGGAAAGAGGGACACCCAUCCCCGUCGAAUAUGUUGAAUUCCCAUGGCAAAUAAAGCUGUUUUUUCUUUUC